GGUUCGCAGCUUUCGGCUCGGUCAGCCGCGGCAGCAUCAGCAGCAGUAGCAGCAGCUUAGCUCUAUACAUCUAUUUGUCUCGCUCCGUUAGCCUACCAAAAGGUUUGGGUCCAACUCCGUCUGGGUGCUGACCGUGCAACGACAUAGCGCUAAGUGUCCAACUCACGGCGUCAGGUGUGGAUGUCCAGCCAUUCAGUCAAGCAGGCGAAUGAUCGUGUGAAAACUCUUUACGAUUACUGCUGCUGAAAUUAAAGCGAAUCAAGAGACCCCCGAUCGUUUGCUACUAAUACAAAAGAAGCAAAUUUUUAGAAAGGUCAUGUGAUUCAUGAGUCUAAAUAAUGUUCCUGUAGUUCCAUAUCAACUAGUUAUCAGUUACGGCACUGGCGCUGGAACGCUUUAGUGAAGCUAUAGGUGACUGAUAAUAAAUUUAUCGUGACUUCGAUAACGUCGACCAGGCCCAGUUGCCAAAUCAACUCAGUGUCCCUAUUGCUAUAAAGUUAUGAAGUCUCUGUGAAGCAUUGGAGUUAUUGUUCUAUUCGUUUUAUUUUUAGCGCGAAUAUCACGAAAUAAUAUAAAGUAGAACACCAACUAGUAAAAAACGAUUUGUAUUUAUAUUGACCGGUUACAACCACUAAAUCAUUGUAAAACGUUUUUCCGACGGACGUUGAAAAUCUUGGUCAUUUAAAAUUAUGCUAUACAAAUGAACGGUUCUUUUCACUUCUGGUGGACAACGGAACAAACCAAUAUGCAGUGAACCUUCAAUGUAACGACAGUCAGGUUAGGGAGAACAAUUGCUACAACAUUUAGUAAUGUUGAACAGUGUUAAAUCCCAGCAGCUGACGAAGGGUACAACAAAUCGCCAUCAACAGAAAAACCUUAACUUCUGUGAUAAUUUUAAUAACUUCGGUUAAUUUGGUACGGAGCGGUCCUAUUGAAUCUUGACUUGAUAGAACCAAGCUUGAUUUUAAGCUAUCGUUACAAUCUAUAGGACAAACUAUAAUCACAAGUAUUUUUUAUCUGUACGAAACGCAGAAUACGAACAGAAGCAGAAUAUUAGGCCAAUUUCACGCUCCACGCGAGCGCUUGUUCGAACAACACGAUAAUGUCAAGCAGCAGUGUGUCAAGUACCGCUGGAGACGUCACUUCAACUUCAGGCGGAUCACCAAUCGUUGCUGUAAAUACUGGUAUUUCGUCCGCGUUGCGCCCUCUCACAGAAGAGGAACUGCUCGCAAAAGAUACCAUAACGCCCGAUGACGUUUUAAGGCUCAACCGGUUUACUAGAGAGUAUCUGUGCGAACCUGAGGCGAACCUGUUCAACAUUGAUUUCACCCGUUUCACAAUUCGGGACAUGGAGAGUGGGGUUGUACUUUUUGAGAUCGCCAAACCGCAACUGCCAGAACGCGAAGAUCUCGUGACCAAUGUUGAACAGGAAGGCCAGGACCAAGAUGGUCCUGCUGAGAUUACAGACACGAACGCGGGGCGUUUUGUGCGCUAUCAAUUCACUCCGCAGUUUUUGAGACUCAAAACCAUCGGUGCUACAGUCGAAUUUACUGUAGGCGACAGACCUGUCUCACGGUUCCGAAUGAUCGAGCGUCACUUCUUUCGCGAUCAACUGCUGAAGACAUUUGAUUUUGAGUUUGGAUUCUGCAUCCCUAAUUCGCGUAACACCUGCGAGCACAUUUAUGAGCUUCCGCUACUUAGCGCUCAGUUGCGACAACAAAUGACAGCUUGUCCCUAUGAAACAAGAUCAGACUCGUUUUACUUUGUCGAAGAUAAACUGGUGAUGCAUAACAAAGCUGAUUAUGCUUACACCGGCGGAAGACAUUAGAAACUCAAGCGUCUAUAUCUUACCAGCUGCCUACAGAACAGAAAGAGAAGACUAGGUAGGAAACUGCUUUACCGUACCAGCCGCUUUCCGAGCAUCGCCAGUUUUUAGCAUAGUCAUAAUAUCUUAUAACUACGCUUCUGGUUUCCAGAUGCCGUAAGCAUCGCAUUUCAAAGAAAAUCCUACACAUGCCCAUAAAAUAUUUACGGCCUAACAAAGUUAUUUGCAGUGGCAGCAAUUUAGACCGCUACUAGCCAGUAUCAAACAAUAAGACGUUAAUUUUUUUCUUUGGUUUAUACUCUCGAACGUCAAAGGCAAUACAUGAUUCAUCAUUAGGCUGCAACAAAACAGCACUGAUUGAUUUAAUAGGAGGGUGUCCAGGUAGUUGCUGAAGCAGACCUAAACCAAGUGAUAAGGACUUCUAUUAACGAUUACUGUCAUUGGACAAUAAUCGUGUGAGAACGACGGUGACUGACUUCCAGCAAGCUCUAUUUCGAGAAAAUCGCCCUCGUCCGAUGGUGAAUGACGCGGAGCGUGUUAAUACCAUUAUACUACUACGAGAAGAAGCACGAUAAUCGGUUGUGAUUAGGACUUUCGCAGACACUGAACAAAUACAGUUAUUGACAGCUAAUAAUCAGUUGUGCCCUGGCACGAGUAAAGUACAUGUAAUAAUGGAAACGCUGUGCACUAUGUUAUUUAUUGUCGAGGUAUCCAGGAAAUAUAAGCAGACGCACUUAAUUAGAAAAAUUUUAAUUCUACUUGACUUUACUCAGACCUGUUGUCCAGUCUAAGUAGCCUAGUAAGUCUAAGUGAAGUUUAAAAAGCAGAAAAACUCUCGUAUAGCCGUGUGCUUCGUGCAAACAAAUAUAGUCGAUAAUCUACGCUUCCUCCUUCAUUUGCGUUGAACAGUUUUCCUGAACCCUAAAGGGAUGUUUCUACUCUUUUCACUAGAUUCUCAAUUCACUGAGUCAUACACACCUAGAACACGCUGUAUCACUAAAAAAAAUAACAUUCAACUCGAAGAUUAUUUUUGGGUUGUAUGCUUCGAGUCGAAGUAGUUGAAUGGUGAUAAAUAUUGAUACACUGCUCGUAGUUGUGAUCAUAAAAAUGCCUAUAGAGUAACCCAAACGAUGUUUCAGCUAGAAGCAAUAAACAAUCGUACAAAUCACAGGAAUAAGGUAAUAAUUGUAAUAAGUCUUCGGAAUCAUUAUGAUCAUUCUUCAACUGAAGACCUAACGGCAAAUUAAUGUGGUCGUAGAGAUAAGAGUUUGCAAACGGUAUUUCAAUAUUUCGCUCCAGGCCAAGUAAACAAGAACUGAACAACGUUUUCAUUAGGAGCGAUUUUAGGAGGGAGACUUCAACAGCUCAAACCGCAGUCACCUCAGUACGAAAGAUGCGCUUCAGGACAACUGGAGUAAUGAGCAAGAAGUAUUUCAUACUAUGGCACGAAUGUCGAAGUGGCAUUUAUUUGUAGAAAAUGCGUUACCCUCAAUAGUGGAUAAUGAAUGAAUGAAGGCCGACAAAAUCUACAUCGUGAACUGUCAGAGAAGCAAAAGUGACACACAAUAAAAUAGCACUAAGUUAAUA